CGUAAUGCUAACAAAAAACAGAUAGAUCCGGAUCGGAUGUGAACGAGGUUAACAUACGUUCCGUAACACUUGCGAAGUGUAGCUAGGUGACAGAAGGCAAUUUAGAACACUUAUAAUUAGAAUUCAAGCGGUUAAAAAGUGCCCUCAGAAAGAAAGAUCAGCCUUACAAAGCUCGGCAAACGAAGAGAGGUGAUAUCAUGAAUGUUGCAGGAAUUCUCACAUUUCUCGGCUUCUGUCUCAUCUUCCUCAACGUACAAGCCCGAAGCGCUCGGUCAGUAGACAUUGACUCAGACAAAUGUGGACAACGAUCCAUCUUAGAAAAACGCGUUGUUUCGGGAAGCGAAGUCGAGCCGCAAAGUUGGCCCUGGCAGGUCCACCUCCUUCAGUCGAGAGAUGGCACUUUUCUGCAUAAAUGUGGAGGUGCGCUGAUUGACAGGGAAUGGGUAGUGACCGCUGCCCACUGCGUUUUCCAAGAACCCGAUGUGAGCCAUUACAAGGUUAUUCUUGGGGAUUUCAACCGUGAUAUAAAAGAGCCGACAGAACAAGAGUUUGACGUGUCAACGCUUCAUCUUCAUCAGCGAUUUCUGACCGAUAAGGGUUAUGGGUACGAUAUCGCUCUUUUGAAGCUCUCCAGGCCGGCUGUCAUUAACGAGUUCGUCAGAACUGUGUGCCUUCCAGCACAGGGAAGCAGAGCACUUGAGGGAACCAUGUGUUUUAUUACAGGAUGGGGUAAAACUAACAUCACUGAAGACAAAUCCGUUACACUACGGGAGGCACAACUGCCGAUUGUCGGCCAGAAAGAAUGCAACAACUCGAACUCGUGGUUCCAUAUCGUUGAUGAGACAAGCAUGCUAUGCGCCGGCUAUGGCGAGAAUAGAGGCAACUUGAGCAAGAUUAGCGGAUGCAAUGGUGACAGUGGGGGGCCAUUCGUAUGCGACGAAGGUGGCUCUUGGGUACUUCGUGGUGUUGUGAGCUGGGGAGACCCCAAGUGUCAGGCUGGAUCAUUCUACUCAGUGUUCACCCGAAUCAGCUCAUUUAUUGACUGGAUGAAGAUAGGAAUGCAGUCCAACAUCACUCCACCUUCAAACAUUGUUGACUCCUGCAGGGAUUCCCAUUAUUAUUGUAACAAGUGGAAGGAAUUAUCAUUCUGUACCGAGCCAUGGUAUAAAAAGCGUAUGGGAGUGUACUGUCGCAGUACGUGUAGUCUCUGCUCAAUAGAGAAUACUUCCCAAUGGACCAACUGAUAUGACGAAGAGAGGGGCGGAGCGUCAACAAGUGUUACACAUUAGAAUUACAUGUACUUCAUAUUACAGGGCAUUGAGUGUAUUUAGUUUGUUUGAUUUUUGAAUGAUUAUAAUAUAUUAGAAUUGACUUGGA